GCCGGCAGAAGUUACGAAAUUUUCAAUUUACAAGUUUUUUAUCGACCACCAUAACAGUUAUUUAUUUUAAUUCAAUCUUUUCCUUGUACACACCUAAGUCAAUCCGUAUUUGUAAUUAUUUAAGUUAUUUUAAAUUUGUAUAAAAUGAAAUUGACGGCUAUUAUCAUGUUCCUUAUUCCUGUGGUGGUAGCUAGACAUAAUCAUAGGACACUUCUUGAGACCAUAUUGAAAUCUAAGGGGAACGUGUAUUCUAAAGUAGACGAUGAUGUACAAAGUGUAAUGAACAAUUUGUUCGACUCGUUGAACUUGGCGCCGGACUUCCCAUCGCGAUCGAGGAUCAAGUUGUUGUUAACAAUGCAUUAUGAUCUGAAAAGUAUUGCGGAGAAAAAUUUCGAGGCCCACGAUAGAAUGCUAGAUGCUGCCGAAGUUAGUAUAGACAAUAACACCGCGACUGGUAUAGCAUUAAUCACCAUUAUUGGUGAUAUAUUGGAUAACAAGCCUUUCAAUCUGUCCAGCACUUUGUAUGGGAAGUAUGUGCCUCGCAAACGUACUAAACACAAGAAGGAGUCGCAUGUGCCUCGCGCUGUGACCACUACAAGUACCACUACAGAGACAAUUUUGGAAACCACUACAUCACAACCUGUAUUCGCUGACAGCAAAGAAUUCGUGGAAUUCAUUCAUGAUUUUAUAAAGAAAAUAGAUCAACUCAGUGAAAAUGAUUUCUCUAAGCCAGUUGCUGGUGAACCGGUUGCCAUGCCAGUAUCACCAGAAGAAGAUGAUGACGACAACCUUGAGUACUGGGAACCACCACCAGUCCUGGAAUUAGAUUUCGUCAACGACACAAACAGCAGGAGGAUAUUUAAAGGCAAACGGAGUAGAGUGAAGAGUUACCCGUUCAUGGUGAGCAUCCACCUCAUGGGGACCUUCACGUGUGCCGGCUCCAUCCUCACCAGGGACCUGGUCAUCUCCGCAGCAUCCUGUUUACAAUUGCUUCACAAUAACAGAUUUUAUAGAGAAAAUCCGAGCGCUCUAACUGUUCGUGUCGGCAGUGAUUUCUUCGCCAGGGGAGGGGAGAUCAUACCCGUUGUGGAGACCUAUUUCCACCCUGGCUACGACCCUAAAACGUUAGCCAACAACCUGGUAAUGCUGCGGUUGUACAAACAUAUAAGAUUCCUGAGAAAGGAGAGGAAAGUGAAGAGGAUACGGUUCGACAGGACGCCGGCAAAUUUAGCGACCAACACUGAGAAUAUUAUAGUCAUUGGAUGGGGUGCUAGGAAGAAAAGCAACGUGAUAGAUCAGUUUGAAAGGAUGCUGGUGGCGAAGCUGGACAUCUACCAAGUGAACGAAUGCGCUGAGAUCUAUUCCCCUACAUUUGUGACGGACAAGAACUUUUGCGCUGGAUUCAUAUCGAAUGGCGGCGGUGCUUGCAAUAAAGACGUCGGUGGUCCAGGAGUUGUUGGUGGCACGCUGAUUGGAGUUAUAAGCUUCGGCGCUCCCGUGUGCGGAGCCAUAGACUCCCCUACCGUCUUCACAAAACUUGGCUAUUACGGCAAAUGGAUCGACAGCGUUAUUAGAACGAGAUCUGGUAUAAAACCAAUAGGAGUACGAACUACACCACAGCCUCCCCCUCGUAUAUGGACGAUGUUCACCCAAACAACCGAACCAAUCUUAGUUCCAAUACAACCAACACCCGCAACGAAAAAUAAAGUAUUUGCUCUGAAACAGGCUCGUAUCGAACCAAUGCUGACUGACAUAGAUUCCUUGCCAGACAUUAUGUAUGGAGAUUUGCCUGAAGAAGACGUUUUUGAGAUGUUCACCACCUCCACAAAGACGAUGAAGCCUUUGCAACAUCCGCUGGCGAACAAAAGUAUUUUCCUCUACCAGGGAUGCAUAUUCCGAUAGAGACAUCGUCGUACGUCACGAUUGUGUUGUCGAGUUCCCACACAUUGGCGCCACACAUGACGGAACUUUCUAAACCACCUGAAGAAGUUACGGAACAGACUCCAGUUACCAUCUCAGAAUACUUCUCUGACUUUUUCUUUAACUCUUAUGAGCGGACUACACAACCGAGCUCUUACGAGAGACCAUCUCCUAAGCCUCUACGUAAUCAAAUGCGUCACAAAGACAAUGA